UUCUUCAACACUUGAGAAUUACCGGCGAUCGGGUCACCAGGCGUCCGCUGAAUUCAACCAAGAGACCCGGUUAUUUGGGCUAAAUCAACAUGGUGGUGGUAACAGCAGGGACCGCGGGGCCCCACAAAGUGCUCCUGAUCUCCGGGAAGCAGAGCAGCGUGUCGCAGCCGGGAUACAACCGGCCCAUCUCGGUGGUUUUGCCGUCGUCGUCCAGCCCGGCGUCCUCGGAUUCAGACUCCAACUCCUCCACCGGGCCGCCGAUCCGCAAGAGACAGAGGCUCACUCACCUGAGCCCGGAGGAGAAAGCCCUCCGCAGGAAACUCAAGAACAGAGUCGCAGCUCAGACAGCCAGAGACAGGAAAAAGGCCAAAAUGGGGGAGCUGGAACAGCAAGUGUUGGAGUUGGAGCUGGAGAACCAGAAACUUCACAUCGAGAACAGGCUACUCAGGGAAAAGUCGAGCGGCCUGCUGACAGAAAAUGAGGAACUGAGACAGAGACUUGGGCUGGACACCCUCGACUCAAAAGAGACGGUUCAGAGUUUGUUGUCCAACGGGAACGAAGCAGGUUUGGGGAUCGGGUCUUCUGAGUCCGCAGCACUCAGGCUACGUGUGUCCGCAGCAGGUGCAGGCCCAGCAGUCCCCAAAUCUGAAGACUUCUCAAUGGAUACAGAUGGUUCUGACACUACAGACCAUGAGUCUGAUUUGCUCAUGGGCAUUCUGGACAUCCUUGACCCAGAGCUGUUCCUCAAGUCUUGUGAAGAGGAGUGCCAGGAGCCGCAGGUGCUGCUGGUCGGAGGGGGGGACCCAAUACCUGCCACCACACCUGCGUCUCUGGGGGCCCCAUCAAUUAAGCUGGAGGCCCUUAAUGAACUGAUCCACUUUGACCACAUCUACACGAAGCCCGUGGAGGUGGUGGGCGACGGCGGGCAGCGAGACGACGACGAGGAGAGCGACGACGAGUACGAGGAGGAGGAGGAGGAGGAGGAAGAAGAAGAAGCGGAGAUUGAGGAGAAAAGCGUUGAGGCCGCCUUCGACGUGGCCGACGUGGUGGUGGUGGUCGAGGAGGAGACCGUCUGCGUCAAAGACGAGCCGGAGGAGGUGGUCAUCCCCAGCUGUGACGCUCAGAGUGCGGUGGACGACUUUUUCUCCGGCGCCUCCCCACCAGCCCUCGGCGGCCUGGAUAAGGAAGCCUGCCUUGCGGACACCUACAGCGACUCUGGAUACGAAGGGUCCCCGUCCCCGUUCAGCGACAUGUCCUCCUCCCUGUGCUCAGAGAGCACCUGGGACGACAUGUUCGCCAAUGAACUCUUCCCCCAGCUUAUCUGAAUCAAAGCAUCCAGCCCCAAUACGUUUAUAAUAUAUUGAUAUUCAUAUAAGAGCUCAUGUGUAGCGUUCAAUAACGCGUUCAGACGAGCACACGGUAACAUAGGACACCACCCAAUCCGCUCGUGUAUAUAGGCUAAAGUUAAGCACAUAAUCUCCUAUUAUUACAGCAGGUCUGUAUCAUUGGCGAUGCUGCAUUGACUUGUGGGAGAUGGAGUUCAUAUUUUUGGCACCAUUUAAUUACUACAGAGGAUUUAAGAUUGAUUAAAAAAAAAUCUUUCACUCGCUGUUCAAGACAACACGUGGGUGGAUUCCAGUAUUUCUGUAAAUUAAUAGGGGGACGGAGGCCCGACCAUUUAAAUAUAACCUUUUUAUUUAUUUGUGUAUUCAGCUUCAGAGUCGUUGUAUGUCCACAUGUAAAGACGCUUUCUUCUAAUUUGUUGACGCUCUCCUUGUAGUCUUAAUUACUGCAUUAAAAAACUUUUUGCAUUGCA